AUGCUGCUGUCUAGAAAUGAUUCAUUUAUUUGGACUGAUAGUCUGCUGGAGACGAAUCACACCACAGAUGAGAGUUAUGGUGGUCCGGAGGUAGUGAUUGUCCCUGUAAUUUUUGGAUUUAUAUUUCUAUUGGGUAUGAUAGGAAACACAUUGGUGAUGAUUGUUAUUGGGAGGAUCAAGUCCAGGCGCUCCAGAAGUACCACGAACACUUUUAUACUGAACCUCAGUAUAGCGGAUUUGUCUUUCCUUCUUUUUUGCGUCCCUUUCCAAGCCACCAUUUAUUCCUUACCGGAAUGGGUGUUUGGCGCCUUUCUGUGUAAGUUUGUGCACUACUUCGUGAUGGUUAGUAUGCUUGUGAGCAUCUUCACGCUCGUUGCCAUGUCAGUGGACCGGUACAUCGCCGUGGUGCACGCAAAGAAGUCCCCCUGCAUUCGCAAUAAGAAGAACGCCGUCAUUGGGGUUUGUGUUAUAUGGGUUCUGUCAUUUGUCUUUGCAAUCCCAGUGGCUCAACACCAGAGACUAACUACCCACCAAGAAGCUCCAAACAGCUCCUUUUGCUGGGAGGAAUGGUCCGAAAACGUGCCCAAACGCAUAUACAAAGUGACAAUUUUAAUAGUUGGGUAUUUGUUACCUUUGGUUUUGAUUACAUGCUGUUAUGCAAAGGUGUUGUGCCAUCUCCAUAAAAAAAUCAAGAACAUGUCCAAGAAAUCUGAACGUUCAAAGAAAAAGACAGCUCAGACAGUGCUGCUGGUGGUGGCCGCCUUCCUGAUCUGCUGGAUGCCCCAUCACAUCAUCGCCAUGUGGGUGGAGUUUGGUAGCUUCCCCCUGAAUGACGCCUCCUUUGCUUUUCGCAUCAUCUCACAUUGCCUGGCCUAUGGAAACUCCUGUGUCAACCCCAUCCUUUAUGCUUUCCUGUCUGAGAACUUCCGCAAGGCCUGCCAGCAAGUGUUCACCUGCCGUUUCUUCCUCCCGCCUCCCCCGGUGGAGAAAGUGGUUCGCAUCCGUAUGGAGAACUUUUCCACCACUCAUUCUACCACCAACAUGUGA